GUUAAAUCUCCCUUAAUCUCCGCUCUGCUAGGGUGCGAUUUACGCACGGCCCCGGCCCGGGGCGUUCUUUACGUGAGAAACGGUCCAGCGUCAUUUACGCCGCAAUUUACGCGUAAUUUACGCGUGCAUUUAUUUAUAAAACCCGCACACACGCAGGCAGAGCGCCUAAACAAGGCCUUGGUGGCCACGCAGUUCAAUAGCAGCACGAGCACGGCGCAUAAGCCCACACCUAGAGUGCACACCUUGCUCGCAACAGCAUGCAACUAGCAAUUGGCUCGGCUCUGACAACGUUUGGGGCAGCCACACUCUGCGAGGUGCUGAUCGCGAGCUAGUGUCUAAAAGGGCUGCUAGCGCCGGCUUCGGGAGCCCUGGAAGGACUUUUGGAUACCUCCUUUUUUACGCCGUUUUUUACGUGGGAUCUCCUGUAGCGGUGCUUUACUUGUAACUUACGCGUUUUUUCCACGUAAAUCGCACCCUAGGUCUCUUUGCAUCAUCCAUAACUUGAACUUGAAAUACGUGCAAUGUGAUCCUCUCGGCCUGGGCCGUGCGAACACAUCCCACUAUGUUUUGACAAAAAUAAUCGCGCAUGUUUUGACAAAAAAAUGAUUAGCCUGAGUUACAGAGUUUACGAAUCGGAAGUUUGUGGCCCGGAGGCGGGGUUUCAAGUUACCAGCUCCCUCCGCCGGCGGCGGCGAGUCAGGCUUUAGUACAAUAGACGCGGCCUUGCGCGCUUCUUGGCUACUUUAUCCUGAGUUUCUGUGACUCGAAUUCAUCAAGAAGCGCCAGUUGAUGAAGCUCGAACUACUCUGGCCUGAGGUGCCAGUGCUUUUUUUCUUCAAGUUCAAGUUAUGGAAGUUAUGGCUCUUACAACAUUUUUGACCUUGGACUUACCGACCCCUCCGAGUCCACCCGCCAAAGCGUAAGAACGACCUGACUGAGACUCGGAGAGGACUCAGGCUUGGAAGGCUUUGCUACUAAAUACUUCUGUGGUUCAAGUUCAAGUUCAAGUUGCUGAUAUGAGUGGCAUAUUCACGUUAUGUUUUUAUCUUUAUUAUAUCUGCACUCAUUCAGAUUGCUCAGCCUGAGGCUAUGCUCAUCCCACACAAUCAUGAUAAGCUCCUUGAAAGCUGAUUCCGUCUGUUUGGGAUGUUGCAAUUCAGGCUGGUCACGCCGGUCGGUUCUUUUGUUUUAGUCAAGCCAAUAAAACUCGAACUAUGUUGGCUUCCUGAUUUGUCUACAGUGAACAAUGCAAAGAACAAUAAUUCAGGAAUCAUCAUGAUUGAGAUGGCGUGCAUAAUUUUGGACCACCAAACUUGAAGACCCUUAGGGCCCAGGGCAGCCUUGCCGACCGUGACACCGCCGGCGGCAGCCUGAGCUUAAGAAAGCCGGGGAAACAAAACUCAAGGACCCAAUUUUCGACCUCCGGGCCGCGGGCUUGAAUUAAACCCCGAAGUGACGACUUGGACUCCUUGUGGGAUCGCCGAAGUACCAAAUUUCUUAAAUGCCCACGGGCCCGUCACGGACUCACGGUGAUCUAGGUCCUGCGGUUGCGUAGGUCAAUAGGAUAGGAUAGGGAACUGCCAAAUAACCCAGGAGAUUUGCGAGGUUUGAGGUCUUCCUGACGCCUCUCUUUGCAGGGUCAUAUUAUUGGCCUGCUGGCACGUUCAACUCAAGUCACCGUGACGGUUGCUGUCCCUUGGCGGUAUUCUACUAGUACUAAUAAGCCUGCCAGUGACUUUCCAUCAUCUUUGAGCGAUGGCUAGGUUGCAGGUUGCUGCAGGAAGACUAGGGCGGGUAAUUGAGGUUAUGGGUUUUGAACGCGCUGCCGCUUUUAAAGUAUAGCGGGCCUAAGGGCGAAACGUCGCUUGUCAAAUGGGAGGCGAAGCACGCGAACGGACACCGGUCCAAGGCGGCUAUCUGAUGAGCACAAGGGCUUCAUUCUUCACUUACCUAGUCUUGCGUUAUAGAGGCCUCGCGCCGUCGGCCGGAAAUUCUCUAGCUCGACGUCGUCAAAAAAGCGAAAUUGGAGUCGCCAGCGCAACCGCCCCGAACGGCACGAGUUUCCACGACGCAAGCGAAUUGGAGCCCGUUCCAUGAUGUUUAGCCGGCGCCUCUCCAGGCCGCGUUUCUCCGGCUUUGUAAAAGUGGCCGCGCGUUCGAAAUCUACAACCUCGGGUACCUGCCGUAGUCUACCUGCAACCUGCAACCUAGCCAUCACUCAACCACACCGG